CCCCGAGUUGUACUGUGCUAGGAAGUGAUGAAACUCUGGAGUAAUCGGUUUGUUAAAGCACGCUGGUUUGAAAUGCAGCUAAGCUGCAAUGGGGCGGUCUGUUGUCUUGCACGCCGAACAUCCACGACAUUCCUCAGAGCCGGGUCUUUAAAUCAUUGUGAAAAUGUAAACACGCUGCAGCUGUCAAACUGGCAUGCUUCACGUCACAAUCCCAUUGCCAGUUGUUUCCAACAAACGCACAGAAAUGCAGAUGCCAGAAAUGGGGCACAUUCAGCACAGACUGUUUCGUUAGGAUAUGGAGCUUUCUGUCUUUUCAGUGGACGUUCAUUAUCUGCGUUGAACAAUGGAAAACCGAGUUAUAUCGUCCAUUCUAAACAUUUCUCAACUUCUGCAGCUGUCAGAAGCAGCGAGCUAGUUGGGAAAAUCAACUCGACACACUAUCACUUGGUGUACACGUGCAAGGUGUGCUCGACCAGAUCCACUAAGAAGAUUUCCAAAACAGCCUAUAAAAAAGGUGUAGUAAUCGUGACUUGUCCCGGCUGUAAAAAACACCACAUCAUUGCAGACAACCUUGGGUGGUUUUCCGAUCUGGAAGGGAAAAAAAAUAUAGAGGAGAUUCUGGCGUCCAAAGGAGAGAAGGUGAGAAGAGUGUCAGAGGGCGAGGCUCUGGAGCUGACGCUGGAAGACAUCGAAAGCAUGCAGCAGGAUAGGCAGCGAGAGGAGGAGACACAACCCACAGCACAGUCUGAACAAAAGGAGAAAACAUGAACCUCUUAUUGUUUUUAUUUGUUUGUGUUACGUGUUCCCGUGUUUUACAUUUUGACUACUGUUUUAAACUUUUAAAUUG